GCCGAGGCCAUAAGGAUAGAGCAUGAGAAGAAGGUGGAACAGUUGAGGAAGCUAGAGCUGAAGAGGGCGGAUUAUGUAAAGACUGAGAAGACUAAGAAAGAGGUUGAAAAGUUGGAGUCACAGAUGAUGGUUGCAUCUCAGGCCAUUGAAACCACGUCUGCUGAAAUCAUCAAGCUAAGAGAAAUUGAGCUCUACCCACAACUCCUUGAGCUUGUCAAAGGAUUGAUGUGCAUGUGGAGAAGUAUGUACGAGUGCCAUCAGGUCCAAACACACAUUGUUGAGCAGCUCAAAUAUCUGAACAUCAUACCAUCUGCCGAGCCCACAUCCGAGAUCCACCGCCAAUCUACUCUCCAACUUGAGCUUGAAGUCCAGCAAUGGCAUGUUUCUUUUUGCAAUAUAGUGAAAGCUCAACGGGAUUACGUCCAAUCUCUUACAGGCUGGCUCCGGCUUAGCCUUUUCCAGAUAAGUGGAAACCCACUAGUACGAACAGGUCAAGAUUCUAGAAUUUACUCUCUCUGUGAAGAAUGGAACCUGGCAGUUGAUAGGAUUCCAGACAAAGUGGCUUCCGAAGGAAUCAAGAGCUUCUUAACAGUAAUUCAUGCUAUUGUUGUUCAACAAGCCGAGGAAUACAGGCAAAAGAAGAAGGCAGAUUCUGCCUCAAAAGAGCUGGAGAAGAGAGCUACUGAGCUAAGAUCACUGGAAAGUAAAUAUGUCUCGCAUUCGAUGCGAGAAUGCUCGGCAUCCACUAAAGGGAGAGACCCAGUUCAGGAGAAGCAAAAUAAGGUGGAGAACUUGAGAACAAAAGCUCGAGAUGAGAAGCAAAAGCAUGAAAACUUGAUAAGUGUGACGAGGGCAAUGACAAUAAAUAACUUGCAGAUGAGUUUUCCGCAUGUUUUCCAAGCAAUGGUUGGGUUUUCAAGUGUAUGUAUGCACGCAUACGAGGGAGUUUACAAUCAAACUAAGAAUCCUGGCCAGCAUGAGGUGAAGAGAUUACUACCGUAAGAACAAGGCCUGGAUCAAAAGAGGGUUAUUCCGACCAAUUCCUGUGCAUAGAUGUGAAUUCGACAAGGGGAGAGUUUGCUGGAAAAAGUGUAAGCAAGGCAUCUAACAUCAUUCAUUUUGAUGGAAGAUUUCGUUGAGGUCACGAAAAAUAUGAUGCAAGUGAACUAUUUUGCUCGCUUUUAUGACGGGGUGAGAAGGAAUGACCGCGCCUACUCCUUUGAAUUGGCGCGGGAGUAAAAAUACAGAGCCGGGAAUUUUGUAGAACUGAUAGUUUUUCAGCGCUUAUGGUUAGUCGUGUGUUUCUGUAAAUAGAUAUCUCAUUAAAUUUUCGGAAGUUUAUUUUCUUAAGGCAUUACCUCAUAAUAUUUCCCUA